AUGUCUGAGAAAAAGAGACUAUCAGUAAAGAAAAAUAAAGAAAGUCAAAGAAAAGCUAUUUUGAAAUUUCGUGCAGAAACACAUUCUACAGGUACUGAUUCUGCUACUGAAAGCGAUAGCGGUGUGAGUAAAAAAUCUAAAGUGAUAGUUGACGAUAAAACUGUUAAUAAUGCUAAUAUUUCAAAUCAACAAAAUGAAGUUGUAAAUAUCAAUGAAAACCAAAUUUAUCUACCUGAAGCAACUCCUGCUGUUAAUAUUUCAAGACAAAUUGAAACUGAAACUCAAAUUAGCAUAUUAUCAUCUGCAGACUACAGUGACCCUGCAAAUUGGCCUACUCAUUUUAGUGACAAUUUUCGGCAAUUUGUUAUAAAAAAUAGACCGCAACAAAUUGAAAAAUAUAGAUUUCCACGAGAUCGAGAAGAACAAAAAAGAAAAUUUUCAUCAAUCUAUUACAUUACCAAAUGGAGAAGAAGUCUCUCCAAAAGUAGUUUGCCGGCUUUAGAAGGUUCAGGUUCAAACGAUUGGAAGAAUAUUGGAGCACUUCUUUCUUCUCGUGAAAAAAGUAAUUCACAUCUCGUAAAUUUUCAAAUGUGGAAAGAACUUGGUAUACAUUUAUCUACAGAAAAAACCAUUGAUCAUAUUAACCAACAAAAAAUUAAUGAAAAAGAACAAUAUUGGCAACGAAUUUUAGAAAGAUUAAUUGCCUUAGUCAGAGUACUGGCUACGCAAAACUUGGCAUUUCGUGGAACAAAUGAAAAGCUUUACAAUAACGCCAAUGGUAAUUUUUUAAAAUUUGUUUAG